CUCCUCUCUCUUCGGCGUGAGCGGCCAGGGACGAAGGACGUUCGCCUCUGUCGGUUCUUGACGCUCACUGAACUCACGGCGACAGUUUUUCCGGAAACAAAGAGCGGGGCGAUUUGAUCCUCUCCGCUUGCUACUACAAGGCCUACUGUGGAGAGAGAGAGAGAGAGAGAGAGAGAGAGAGAGAGAGAGAGAGAGAGAGAGCCGGUUGUGUUCUGAAGGGCUGAUAGAAGCUGCUUUGUUUUGACUCACGAUUGGAGAGGAGGAGUGAGUAAUCAAACCAGGCGGAAUCAGAAGAACGGGGUGGACAGAGGGGAAGCAGAACCAUUCUGCCGGACGAAGGAGAAUUAGAAAUCUAGAGGUUUUAGCGUCAGCUGUGCUGGCGAUGUUACCGCUUUGAUAUUGUUGUCCUUGAGACUGGAAACGUAUCCGAGGCUUAAAAAAAGACUGGAAUUGUGGUGUUUGUUUUUAAUAUAGAUCUAGAGACAUACGCACUGUGCAGAACAAGUGAUUCGAGACCAUACCUGUGUGUUGUUUUGGGGUGUUUUGUUCUGAAAGGAGGCGUUGACCAAAGUGAGAACAAUGGCAAAGAAUGCCCAGAUAGCUAUUGGACCUUUCACAGACAGUCCCAGCUAUGCGGAACUCAGCAAACCUUUCAUGAAUUCUGGUGUAAAUUUUGUGAUAAAAAAUCCUCAGCCAUCUGGUCAGCCUCAAAUGAAAAGAGACAUUGGACUGCUGCUGGAGCCAUUUGCUGCCGAAGUGUGGGUUAUGAUCUUGUUGGCAUUUGUGGCUGUCAGUCUUGCCUUGUUCCUGAUUGGCCGAUUUAGUCCUUAUGAAUGGGCUCGGGUGGCGAAAGAGAAAGAUGUUAGACAUGCAAGGACAAGUUUUGGCCUUAAAAACAGCUUUCUCUUUGCUGCAAGCACUCUGGGAUGGCAAGGUUAUCGAGAAGCUCCGAAGUCAACUUCAGGGCGGAUCCUGAUGUGCAUGUGGUUCUUCUUCACGGUGUUUGUCCUGCUCUCUUACACCGCCUGCCUUUGCUCCAUUUUGACCAUCAGAAGUCACAACUCAGUGCAGCCAGUUGAAGACAAGCGAUAUGUUCCAUUUAAGGAUGCGGCAGACAUUUUGGACAAGAAGAAUGUGAAAGUUGGAGCUAUGAAAUACAGCUAUGUUUACAAGACUCUGCAGGAUUCAAAGUCAUCAGGAGAUCUUUCCAAAUUGUUCAAUUACAUUGAAAACUCUCAGGACUGGAUACAAAAUGAAAACGAAGGCAUCCAAAGGGUGAAAGAUUCUGGUGGCAAGUAUGCCUUGCUCAUAGGGAGUGUGAAAGCUGACUACAUAGAAAGCAGACACUGUGAUCUUGUGACGUAUGGAGGACUGACGGAUAAAUACUUCAGAUACACAUUUGCGAUAUCUUCACGUUCUUUAUUAACUACAAAGAUCAACUGGGCUCUCCUUCGGCUGAAAGAAGACGGACAACUUCACAUGAUGCAAAUGGAAUACUUCAUAAAAGGUCAAAAGUGUCCCGCCAACGACAAGAGCAAGCUGGUUCCUGUGUCAGAGAAAUCAGCUGUUCCUUUUGCUUCAACAUACUCUCGCCUGGAUAUGAGAGAUAUGGCUAUUGCAUUCUUAUUUCUGUUUCUUGGAGUAUUAGCAGCAGGUGCUGCUCUAGGAGCUGAGAUCUUCUACAGGCGUUGGCUGCUUUCCAAGAGAGAUCCAGACAAGAAAGUGAGAGAGCCUCUGAACACAGAAAGUGGAAUCUCCAGGGCCCCCAAAGCCACUCCCCCUCCGCCGCCAAUCUACAAAGUGAACAAACUCCAGGAAAACGAUAAGAACAAAAAAGAGGAAAAUGUUGCGAAAGUUGCUCAAAGCUCUGAUGUUGAGAAAGGGAAUGAUAUUGAAUUAGAAGUUGUGGAAGACAAGCCUUAUGCAGCAAAGGUGGAGCUGGAGAGUACUGAUGAAAUUAAUGAUGCUGGCACGAAGCCUGAGCUGCCAUCAGUUGACACAACCGCUGGUGUUAAAGAGAAUGUGUGAUUCAAAAA